AUGAACGAAUAUGAUUCAAGUACUAGUGAUGUUGAAGUUACAACUGAUAAAGCUAUUGAAUUAAAAGAAAUAUUAGUGAUAAAGUUUAUUGAGAAGUCAGAAACUUUCCUUAACAAAGAAAAUG